UCCCGGGCGGAGUCCGCGGGCCGCCGCCCAGCCGCUGUGCCCGCCUUUGCCCCGCGCCCGCCGGAGGGGCUGCCAGCAGCGCGCAUCCCGGCCGCGACCGCCCAACCCGGGAGCGGAGGGGCGGUGGCGGAGCCCGGCUCGCGGGGGGCCCGAGGCUAGCACCCCUGAAGGCAGCGGCGAGGCGACACUGCCAAGAUGUGACAGUAAAGACAAGACUUAUCAAAUAACAAAGAUGCUUUUGAGCCAGAAUGCCUUGGCGAUUCGACCACUAAAUUUGUAUCCUGUAGUGUUCAUCAGCCUCAUGUUUGGUAUUUUACAUGCUUUGUCUGAUUCUCCAGAUGAAUCUUGCAUUGCUUUUAAUAUGACAUUACGAAAUUUCCAGUCAAUUUUAUCAUGGGAAUUAAAGAACCGUUCAAUUGUACCAACUCACUAUACAUUAUCCUACACAGUCAUGAGUAAACCAGCAGGUGAGAUGGUUGUUGAGGACUGUAUAAAUAUCACAAGAUCAUUUUGUGACCUAACAGAUGUGUGGGAAAGCGUGUCUGAGACAUACCUCCCCACGGUAGUCGGAUUCAGAGGGAACACAAUGCUGGUCAGUUGUUGGGACAAGGUCUUCGUGGCAUUGGACAUGUCUUUGGAACCACCAGAAUUUGAGAUUGUUGGUUUUAUCAACCACAUUGAUGUGAUAGUGAAAUUUCCACCUGUCAUUCCCAAGAUGCUAGUUGGGAAAAACUUACAGACUUAUUUAUCACUUGUCAUCGAAGAAAAGUCAGGGAGCAUUGUUAACCUGCAUAGACCCAAAAUAGAUGGAAACACUACUGGAAAUUUCACUUAUGUCAUCGACAAGUUAAUUCCAAACACAAACUACUGUGUAUCUGUUUAUUUUGAGCCUAAAAAUCUGGGGAAAAUACAUAGAUCUCCCUUAAAAUGUACCCGCCUUCAACCUGGACAAGAAUCAGAGUCGUCAGAAUCUGUCAAAAUAGGAGGAAUAAUUACUCUGUUUUUAAUAGCAGCUGUCUUCAUAAGCACCAUAAUAACACUGAAACGGAUUGGUUAUAUAUGCUUAAGACAUGAUUACCCCAAAGUUCUGAAUUUUUAUAAGCUGUCAGCCUGGGUAUUUCCUGAGCUACCGCCAUUGGAAGCCGUGGCUAUAGUGGAGGUCAUUCACAUCAACAGAAAGAAGAAAGUGUGGGAUUAUGAAUACGGUGAUGAAAGUGACAGCGAUAAUGAAGCCGUCCCCCGGGCAAGCGCAGGUGGUUACACUAUGCAUGGACUAACAGGCCUGUGUCCACUGGCCUCCACCUCCUCCGCCUCCUUGGAGAACUGCAGCAACCCAGACGCUGAGGAGCCUGACCUGCCUGAGCCUGGGGUUGAGUCUGAGCCCCUGAUGACACCAGGGCCUGGCCCCUGCCAGUCGGAAUGCACAGAUGGGGACUAUGAGAGGAGAGGGAACCAGCUGCAGGGCCACUUUUCCGAGGAGGACAACAGCUCCACUGAGGGCUCCGAGGACAGAAUUGUCUUCAAUGUGGAUUUAAACUCUGUGUUCGUGAGGGUCCAAGACGACGACGAUGCAGAAGUCCCUCCAAUGUUAUCAUGUCUUCCAGAAGAGGCAGUGGACCUAGAGGAUCCCAACGAAAUGGAAACGAGCCUUCUGGUGGCCAGCGGAGAAGGCACACAGCCGCCCUUCCCCAACCCCUCUGUGGAGUGCCUGUGGCCUGAAGAUGCUCCUUCUGAUGAAAGUGACACUUCUGAGUCAGAUGUUGACAUUGGGGAUGGUUAUAUAACGAGAUGAAUCCAAAAAUAUUUAACUUGGACUGACAGAUACCUCCAGGGUGCUCUCUCCUUGCAACCCCACUUGCUCCUUUGUGGUCUGCAAGUGUUCUCUGAGGGAAGGGGUGGGAGACUGCAGAGUGGGCUGGGUUCUCCCUGGUGAUGUCAUCUAUGCAAAUUGUCAAUAUGGAGGAGAAGGAGGUGGGAAACAGUAUCAUUCAGUGCAUUGUUUACAGGUUCAAAGUGAUGCACUUUGAAGGGAAAAUGCCCUGCCCAUUCCCUUUACUCUCAUGCAUUUAUAAUGUUUCUGCAUUAUGUUUCCCAGAGUGAGGAGCAAGGAUCCUUGUGGUUUUCAGGGGCUGGUCCAGGGCCCUGUAAUAUUUCUGGGAAAUAAUUAAAUUGGGCCAGAGUGGGACUAGGGAGGGAAAAGGAAGACACUCAGCAGGGUUCAUAGCUGGAGCAGUCAGCAGUGUUGAGCCCAGCAGGCUCAAAGAAGGAGCUGGAAAGCAAGCAGGAAAAGAGUGAGGAAGGGCCAGUGGAGGGAAAGGAGGGGGACUCAAAAAGAAACAGCAGCAUAUGCACUGAGUUGGAAGUAGGGCAGGGCCAGGCAAGUGUGGGCACCUCCCAGAUGUCAUAUUCUGUCGCCUACACUCUGAGAAUGUGACUCUCAGCCCCUCAUGUGAGGAUUCGCACACAAAAAGAACUUGUGUCAGGCAGGUGACUAAAAGAGGAAACAUUUGCAUGCGGGAGAGGGAUAGAAUCUUGGUGCCAUAUUUUAAGAUUUAAAAAAAGCAAGUGACAGAACAAAUGCAAAUGUGCUUCAAGGUCUUCAGAAGCAAUGAGGCAUAAAAUUUAAGGAGUGCUAUGUGUGCUGAUUCCAAAUGUCCUACAAGUGACUACAGUUCCUGUGAAUCUGGGGGUAGGAGGGGGGAAGGGGCAAGGAAAGUUCUAGAAUAGCAUGUGGCAAACAGCACAAGGACUAGGACUCAGAGGUCUGACUGCUGCCAUUUCACUCUGUGACCCUGAGCACUUUGCUUAGCCUCUGAGCCUCAGUUUCUUAAUUUAUGAAAUAAGGGGAUUAGACUAGGUAACCUUCAAGAUCCUGUGAUGCUGGGAGAAGUAUUAGAAAAUUCAUAGGAAUGGAGGUACUGCAACCCUGAGACCCUCCCAGGGAGAAUGAAAGGUGUAGGACCCUCCUAUCUCGCUCUCCUCACCCCAAGAGGAGAGUUCUCAGACCUUUCUUCUGGGCCCAUUCAAAAGGGGAAACAAAUUUAUAUGAGUCCUAGCUCAAGGACUUUAAAUAGAUUACUUUUCUAAUUGCUCUAAAGGAGCUCAAAGGAGAGGGCUGAGACACCAGGAGCUGUUAUUUAAUAAUAAUCUAACAAAAUUCCAUAGGAAAGGGACCUUAUCAUAUACAGAGUCCAUUUCUCAGCCCUCUGAAUGCAUCUAUCAUAUUUUGAAAGAUUUCCAGAGUGAUCUUUUGGGAUAACCUUUUUAUGGCUGCUUGUGUGUGUGUGUGUGUGUGUGUGUGUGUGUGUGUUUUUUAAUUUUGUAUAACGGUUGGUGAAGGAUAAUACAAAUACACUUUUUAAUACAAA